CCCAGCUUAUUUCUAAUCAGUCAGAUACACGUUCAAACACAUACACUCCAACAUAGAUGUUUUGUUAUUUAAAUGUAGGGGUAGUCCACUAAUUCCAUUGUUGAUAAUUUAAAAUAUAAUUCAAUUAGUAAAAGAUUUUUUUACUUCGAUGAUGUUUUUAACUGUUUUUUUUAUUAAAUAUAUUUAAUCGCCUGUAUGAUUUCGAUUCAUUCGAUACCCAUUUUAUUACAAAGAGUUCUUCAUUUAUUGUGGUUGUUUAAGUUUUUUUACAAUAGAAAUUGUAACGGUGAGUGUAACAGGUGACGGCUGCAAUACCUUUAAAGGAUAACGAAGCGAAUUUUCUCCUAUUGGUACAGCAGUUUUGUAAAGCAUUUUUUUACUACACAAGUUAUUCGUCUAAACUUGAGGAUAAUUCAAACAAUUAGCAUGGAUGGGUCAUGGUGGGCAUCGAAAGAAAGCCUGGUUAAAAUUAUAUCCAGACGGAAAAAUGACGAAAGCGAUCAUCUUGUGGAGGACAGCAAACUAGCUCGCGUCCUCAAUCUUGUGGAUUUGACAGCCCUUGGAGUUGGUUCUACACUUGGCGUCGGUGUAUACGUAUUAGCUGGCGAUGUAGCCAAAACAAGCGCAGGACCGGCUGUCGUUCUUUCAUUUGUACUCGCCGCAGUGGCAUCCGCUUUUGCAGGCCUAUGCUACGCAGAAUUUGCUGCUCGAGUGCCAAAAGCUGGGUCAGCUUAUGUAUACAGUUAUGUAGGUGUCGGCGAGUUUGUCGCAUUCGUUAUCGGUUGGAAUUUAGUACUUGAAUACGUUAUCGGUACAGCAAGUGUGGCUAAAGCUUUAAGUAAUUAUUUGGACGCUCUUAUCGAUAAACGAAUUCAAAAUACGUUAAUUAGUUUAUUUCCUAUCAAUGUCAGUUUUUUGGCACAAUAUCCAGACUUUCUAGCGUUUGCCAUUGUUUUGCUACUUUCAAUUUUGUUGGCAUGGGGCGUCCGAGAGUCAACAAUAAUAAAUAACAUUUUUACGGUUGUCAAUUUGUUAACUGUAACCACAGUCGUCGUGACAGGCCUAUUCAAAAUUGAUUUUUACAAUUGGAAUAUUCCUAAACAAAAUAUUCCAAAAGGGGUAGAAAAAGGCGGCGAUGGUGGUUUUUUGCCGUUUGGUUGGGCUGGUGUUACUGCGGGUGCGGCCAAAUGUUUUUACGGGUUCAUUGGCUUUGAUGCCGUCGCUACAACGGGUGAAGAAGCUAAAAAACCCAAGCGUGAUAUUCCAUUAGCAAUCAUUCUAUCGUUGACUAUUAUCACAUUAGCUUACUGCAGUGUUAGUACAGUACUAACUCUAAUGUGGCCAUACUAUGAUCAGGAUGAAGAAGCACCAUUCCCUUUUGUAUACAACCAAAUCAACUGGCCAACAGUAAAAUGGAUUGUGUCUUUUGGAGCUAUUUUUGCUUUAUUCACAAGUUUGAUUGGCACUAUGUUCCCUCUGCCAAGAAUUCUCUAUGCAAUGUCAUGCGAUGGCCUGUUAUUCAGAAAAUUUUCUGGUAUCAAUUCAAAAACUCAGACUCCAUUUUUUGCAACAAUAUCAUCUGGUAUUCUGGCUGGUAUAAUGUCAGCUGUAUUCAAUCUGCAGCAACUAAUCGAUAUGAUGUCUAUCGGGACGCUAUUGGCUUACUCGAUUGUAUGUAUUUGUGUUUUAAUUUUACGUUAUAAAGAUGAGACAGGCGUCGAGUUUGAAAUCCGAGGAGAAGACGGAGAUAAUAAAAACCGGGUUUUUGAAGUUAUAAUGAAAACAGCGAUAAAAUUUUUUAAUCUGUCUAAUAUUAAAUAUCCUAACGAAGAAACCGAAUACAUAGCAACAUCAAACACUUUAUGUUUUAUUGCCAUUACAACUUUGUUUUGCUUCUCCGUCGUACAACAAGAAGAAACAUUACAUAACGAAUUACUUGGUUACGGAAGUAUAUUUUUGGGCGCGUGGCUUUUACUGAUUAUGUUAUCUUUAGCCAGACAACCACAAUCAAAAAAGGAGCUAUCAUUUAAAGUACCUCUUGUUCCUUUAAUUCCGUGUUUAAGCAUUGUGUUAAAUGUUUAUCUUAUGAUGAAGUUGGACAUUGAAACGUGGGUUCGUUUUGGUGUAUGGUUGUUUUUAGGUCUAGUAAUAUACAUUUUCUAUAGCUUGGAUCAUAGCGUCGAAGGACUAAAACAAAAGCAAGAAAAUGACAAAAAGGCCGGUCAACCUAUUGGCAUAAUUUUAAUUAAAUAAAAUAUAUAAUUAAACUUAUGUCCAAAUAUGUUAAUGACUAUAACAUUCCACUUCAAAACAUAAAUUACUGAUUAUCUAUGCAAAUAUGUCAACAGUAUUAAGAUUUGUUGAAUGAACUUGCGUGAAAAAACAUUAAAAUGUGAAGUGUAUUUUAUGGAGUAUUUUUUACUAUGUAAAACUUAAACUUCUAGUCUUGAAGUUUAUGUUUAAAAGUAAAGUCUUUUAAAAUUGAUGAAUGAAUUAAUUUAUUGCUGACCAAAAUCAUUUUUAUGAUUAUUUCAUCAUUAUUUUAUCUAUAUUGUGAUAUUAAUUGUCAUUGUUUACUAAAAGUGUAGUAUAUUGUUUUACUUAAGAUUAUAUUUAGUGAGAAUAAGAAUGUUGUGUAUUAUUCUAUUUAAUGAAACCUUUUAUAGUAAUAUGAUUAAGUUAUUUUACGAAUUAUAAAAAACGUAAUAUUAUUUUAUCAUCAAAAUAUAUUUUUUAAUAAAAUAUUUUUGUGUUGACCAUAUCUAAAUAAUAAUUAGAAUUUGAAAUCUAGUAAAAAAUGAAACUUUAGAAAUGUAUAAAAAAAAAAGCUGUUUAACGAGACAAUACCGAAAUAGAUUGCUCAUUAUUUUAUGUCGAGUCAUAUGUUUUUAAAGAAAAAAACGACCGUUGAAAUCACUUUUUAUUUAAAUUCAAACAGUUAACUGAUUUUUUUUUGUUUGAGCCAUAUUUAAGCAAUAAUAUUAAAUAUGACAUAAAAAAUGUAAAACAUUUUAUUACCGUAAAAAAUUCUUACUUAAAAAUAAAUUCUCAGAUUCUUUUAUUAUUUGCUACUUAAAUGGAUGAUGGUUCAUAAAUUUGUCUAGUCAAUUGUUAGUCUACCUUAUUGUAAAAUAUCAGUAUAGUUGUAAGGUUAUUAAUUAAUAAUACAUAACUGAUUAAAUAAAAAAAUAAAACACCACUUUAUUGUAAAAGGAAACAUUUUUCUUAAAUUUUUUUAGAAAUAGUUAAAGAAACAUAUUUUACAAUUUAAUAUUGUUUAUUUUAUGCAUAGAACGUCAUAUUAAAUUUUUUUAUUCACCUGU